AUGCCCCUCCUCUUUACUCAUCUGGAGCAAAUCUCCGUAUCCUGUCAAGGCAUUGACAGCCUUCCCUUUCCACCCCCCAAAAUAUUUACCAACGCCCUCCUCUCCAGACCCGACAUUACCUCCCUCAUCCGUGAUACUGAAGCCCACGAACGCGCCCUCUUUUCUGUCCCAGCCCCGCCACCCCCUCCACAGACAAACAUUGCUACAACAGCAGCCCGGCAACAGAACAACCAAGAGGAGCAGCAACCACCUCUAAAGGCAUCCUCGCGCCGCCAAACCGUGUUCAACGUCACAGGCGGUGAAGUCACGACCGGCCCGCCGGCCAACUCCACACGCGCGGGACCCACCGCCCGCCGUAACACGGCUGUUGCGGCCGUCCUAGGCGGGGACCUCCACGCGCAGAUUGUACGACGCGGCGAUCACAGGGAUGGUAACGGAGAGGGUCGCAGCGGCAGCGGAGGCGGUGACGUAGACAUCGAGGUGCUCCUCCACGGCGCCGAGAAGCUGUGCGUCGUGUACCCCCUCCCAGGGGCGCUCGAGCGAAUCCCAGCCCAGCGGCAAAAGUAUGCGCAACAGAGUGGGACGCUGGCAUAUUACGAGGGAAAAGUAGCGGAGCAGCAGGAGGCGUUGGAGCGGAUGAAUUUGGAGAGGUCGUUGGACGAAGAGGGUGAGCAAACAGGGGAAGAAGACGACAUUCAGGACGAGGUGGUGGAGGACGCCGGCAUGACGGAGGAGGAUUUGAGAAGAGAAGAGGAGGAGUCACGGGCGUUGGAGAGGAAAAAGAGGGAGCUGCAGGCGAGGUUGAAGGCCAUUGAUCGUGACCUGGGAGGGUUACUGGGGAUGCCCGCGGGCUCGAGAUAUCCGUCGGGUUGA